AUGCAGUUUAGGUUCUUUAGAUUCUUGCUUAUGGUCUUUUCGUUGGCCUGUGCAAUUCUUUCUGUUUGGGCACUUGUCGGAUCAUAUAAAAAUGCUGAUUAUUUGACGCAAAACUACUUGAUUGAUUUCCAUCUUACUGGAUUAGACUUAUCCAAGCUUAUUAAUUUAGAUGAUUUAUCUACUAGAGACUUGGGAUUAGAAGAAGUCAUCCCUUCAUCGACCACCAAAAGAGAUUGGUUGGAUGAUGGGUUAGAUAACCUUGGUGAUGCAGCAUCAUCGGCAGCAUCAUCGGUUGCAUCCUCGGUUGAUUCAGUUUCUUCUGAUGUUUCUGGUGGCGUUAACUCUGUUCUUAAACAAAUCUUGAGCAAGUAUUCAAAUGAGGAUUUGGGCCUCGCUGACGUUUAUACCAUUAGUUUGUGGGGUUACUGUAAAGGUGAUGCUGACAAAGAUAAUAAAAACAAAGGAACUUUCGAUAAUAGUAAAUUAAACAUUACUUAUUGUUCAAAACCAAAACUUGGUUACAAAUUCGAUCCUUUAACUCUUUUCAAACACGAAGUUAAUAAUACCAUUAAUGAUAAAGUUGACGGUAGUGAUGAUAGUAAUCCAAUUUCAAAAGCUCUCUCAAGUACUGUCAAGAAUGCUUUAGAAGAUUUAGUUGAUAAUAUCGAUUAUGACUCUUUAGAUUUACCCAGUGAUUUAAACAAAAAAAUUACCUUGGUUAAUAACCUCACCAAAGCCGGUGCUGCCUUGAUCUUAACCGCCGCUGUAUUAUCUUUUAUUUCGAUUUUCAUCCAAUGUGCUGGUUGUUUCUUAUCUCCUGAUAAUUGUUGUCUUUCAUUUCUCAACUUUUUGUUUGAAGUAGUCAUUUUAAUCAUUGCUUUGGUUGGUGCUGCUAUUCUUACUGGUGCUUAUAUGGAAGUUCGUAAGAAGAUCAACGAUGAAACCAAAGAAUAUGGUAUCAGAUCAUUCCUUUCUAUUCAAUUCUAUGCUUUUAUCUGGUCUGCCGUUGUUGCAGCUAUCAUCGUUUGCUUACUUAACUUAUUGGGCCACUGUUGCGGUUUAUUCAGAACCGGUAGAAAGAGAUAUAGAACUGUUAGUGCUGCUCCUCCUCCAGCAGAUAGAGAAAUGGGUUAUGACCAUAAAGAAGGUGACUCCGAUGUUAGCUCCAAACACUAA